CCUUGAGAAGCCAUCCAAUAUUCCAAUUUGGAAACUCCAAAAGUUCAGCAUGACGAUUGAUCAAUAGAGCUGGUAACAAGCCCGGAAUCUGCCUAGGACAUAGAAACUAUAGCUGGAAGCCUUAACAACGAACAAAAUGUUUAUCUUAUAGCCGGACUUCUACUAUCUUCGCAAGUCUUUUCUUUGUUUGAGGUGUGCCUCUCGCCUUGCAGGAACUUAUGGACAAGAUUCUGAAGUAUGCAACGUACAUUGGAGAGCAUGAGAAAACGAUUAAAAUGCUCAAUAGCCAGCGAGAGGCAUUUGAGCAAGCCCUGGCCAAAAUGCAAGGAAAGCAAAGACCUAGCAGCAAAUGCAAAAUAAGAGCAGCGGAGUGUUGGGGGGAAGGAAAUGCUUUGAAGCUGGCUAUUCUUCGGAUCAUAGUGGUGACAACACAUGAUCCUGAUGAUCAGACGACUAGCACAGGAAAGCAAAGACCUAGCAGCAAAUGCAAAAUAAGAGCAGCGGAGUGUUGGGGGGAAGGAAAUGCUUUGAAGCUGGCUAUUCUUCAGAUCAUAGUGGUGACAACACAUGAUCCUGAUGAUCAGACGACUGGCACAGAAACUGAUGGUGGUUUUUACCCAACCCAAUCAAAGACUGGUUUAAGGCAUCACCAUCCUUAUACCAUUGCCUUAAAGAACUUUGGGAGCAAGAAUUCAGAGAAGGAAAGAGAUGUACAUGUGGCAAUUUACAAAGAUGGGAAGAAACUGUCACUUCAGCAAAUGGAGAAACAAUAUCAAGAGUGGAUUCUCGACAUGCAUAAUAUAUAUGAUGAAGAAAGUGAUUGUGGUGAGGAUGAGCCUGUUAUCAUCAUUAAUCCCUCAAACAGGAAACAGCUGGGGAUUUCUUCAGAUGGGGAGUCUCGUAUUAUCUGCAGGCAGAUAGGUACCUCAGAAGAAAAGGGAUGCCUUCUUAUAGAUAAUGAGAAUGGAAAUCCAAGUAUAGAUAUCCGUGAAUCCAAAUCCUUGCCCAUUAAUAUUAUUGAUUCUGGAAAGUGUCUUUUUGUUGAAUCUGCGGAGUGGAGUUUACAACUUGAAAAGCUGCAGCAUAAAAUUCCCUCCUCAAUCGAUAUACUCUGUGCCCGUCAUUGUGAAAAACUGGAAGUUGAAGAGUUAACGCAGUUGUACGCCCUGCCUCUUUUAAUUGUGCAUUGGUGUCUGAAAAUCUGGAUCAGAAGCAUAUUGCACCGACAGACCUUAAUACACAAAGUGCAAAACUUAGAUUCAGGGUUGGUUCUUGUUUCCCCUCAAUUUCGAUUGCAUGCUAUGAUAAGUUUGGAAACCGCACUUCAUUUUUUACAUAUCCCUAAAGUGAUUGCCAAAGUUUUAUCAAAAGAGAUUGUCCUGUUUCAAUCUGAAAAGUUAAAUCCAGAUAUUUCAUCCAAAAAUUCAGUUCUCACAGUAGAGAACUUACUGGUUGAAAGUCACAAUCUGGACUUCAUACGUCCAAGCUAUGAAGCUAAACUAAUUUUAUACUCAGAAGAUGAACCCUUCUGCGUAAUCAUUCCCUGCCAAGUUAUUCCAGGAUCAAUACACCAUCUUAUUGCUAAGCCAAAAGAUUUUAUGAAGCAGCUAGUUCCAGGAAAUGUUAUUCAAGAUCUUGAACUGGAGGUCUUCGAUGUAUAUGGUAAUCACGUUAAACAAGAUACGGAAAUGUUGUUGGAUAUGGUCGGGUUUUGUUUUCAACAUAAAACAAAGAGAAUACAGGUGGAUAAUCGUGGGUGUAUUGAUCUUAGUGGUCUGUUGAAAGAUUCAACAGGUUAUGCGGAAACUGUGUCACUUUCUGUCUUAUCGAACGAAAAAAUUGUCUUUAGCGAGAAGUCCCAAACUGACAAAAGGAUGAUAAGAGUUGCAAUUGAGAUACCCGAGAAGUGUUUUGCUGGCUCUCAACUGGAAAAUGUUGUGUUUGAAAUUGUCAAAUCCAAUGGUGUUAUCGACGAAACAAUAAACGAUAAUGAGAAGGGUGAUAUGUCCCAUGCUCUAGUAUUGAAGUCUGACUCAACAGAUAUAGACGAUUCUGUGAAAAAUUAGCUUUCGUCAUGGCUGCUGCACUGUUCGUGCUAUUCCGCUUCCUCAGAUAGAAGGAAGUUUCUCCUUUCUUGCUGCACAUUCUCGCUACCCGAAGCUUAACAUGACCAUAACGGUGCUUGUAGAGAAAGCUCCUGAAAUGGUGUAUGACAGUAGCCAGCCUCAGUGUACUGAUGAAGAUCAUUUAUUCCUUGAGAAGUCAUCCAAUUUGGAAACUCCAAAAUUUCAGCAUGACGAUAGAUUAAUAGAGCUGGUAAC